UUAUAUAAAAAAGAUGAUUCUUCUGAAUUAUGAGUGUGGCACUUCUUUAAAGCAACUUUCUUUGGAAUGUGCAAGGAGACAUAGAAAUUAUUGAAACCAUAAAGUUUUGGAAUGGACAAACUGAGAAUAAUAUUUCUUGAAGACUCUGGAUCUUUGGAUUUCACAAGACGUUUAGCCCGCUUGAGUCUCUUCACUACUGCUGUGAUCUUACUUCUCAGUGCAUCUUUCAUACCCAGUUCUCUUGGAGGAACAGAAAAGGAGUUAAGGCUGGUGGAUGGUGAAAACCGAUGCAGUGGCAGAGUGGAAAUAAAAGUGCAGGAAGAGUGGGGAACAGUAUGCAAUCAUGGCUGGGGCAUGGAGGAAGUUGCUGUGGUCUGUAGUCAGCUGAGAUGUCCAACUCUUGUCACAGCCACUGGAUGGACUAAUUCCAGUGGUGGAGCUGGACGUAUUUGGAUGGACCAUGUUUCUUGUAGAGGGAAUGAAUCUGCUCUUUGGGAUUGCAACCAUAGUGGAUGGGGAAAGGCUAACUGUACUCACCAACAAGAUGCUGGAGUCACCUGCUCAGAUGGAUCUGAAUUGGAGAUGAGACUUGUGAAUGGGCGUGGUAGGUGUUCUGGAAGAUUAGAGAUCAAAUUCCAAGGACGAUGGGGAACAGUGUGUGAUGAUCAUUUCUACAUGGAAGAUGCUUCGGUGGUUUGUAACCAGCUUCAAUGUCAAACUGCUGUCGGUUUUGCUGGUUCAACAAAGUUUGGAUCUGGUUCUGGACCUAUCUGGCUCGAUGAUCUUGAAUGCCAUGGCAAUGAGUCAACUCUUUGGUCCUGCAAACACAACGGAUGGGGAAAAAAUAACUGUGGUCAUUCUGAAGAUGUUGGAGUGAUUUGCUUGGAGGGAGCGGAUAUGGGCAUGAGAUUGGUAGACGGAGGAGUGACUAAUUGCUCAGGAAGACUGGAAGUGAAAUUCCAAGGAGAAUGGGGGACGGUAUGUGAACACCACUGGGAUAUUGAGGAUGCUGCUGUGGUGUGCAAGCAACUAGGAUGUCCAACUACCGUCAUUGCCAUGGGUCGUAUAAAUGCCAGUGAAGGAUCUGGAAAUAUUUGGCUUGACAGAGUUGCCUGUAAAGGACAUGAAUCUGCUCUCUGGUAUUGUGGACACGAAGAGUGGGGAAAACAUUUUUGCAAUCAUCAUGAAGAUGUUGGGGUGACAUGCUCUGAUGGAUCAGAUCUGGAACUGAGGCUUAUAGGUGGAGGCAGCCGUUGUGCUGGGGUGGUGGAAGUAGAAAUUCAGAAAAUUGUAGGAAAGGUAUGUAACAGAGUCUGGACAUUGCAGGAGGCUGAUAUAGCUUGCAAACAGCUGGGAUGUGGAUCUGCGGUUGAAACAUCUUCUAUAAUGUACUCUAAAACUAAACCAUCAAAAGUGUGGCUGGAAGUAGUAAACUGUAAUGGAAAUGAAACUUCUCUUUGGGACUGUAAGAAUUCGCAAUGGAGUGAAGAGACAUGUUCCUAUGGAGAAGCCAAAGUUACCUGCUCAGCCCACAGGGAGCCCAGGCUGGUUGAUGGAAACAUGCCUUGCUCUGGUCGUGUGGAAGUGAAGCAUGCGGACAAGUGGGGCUCAGUCUGUGAUUCUGACUUCUCUCUGGAAGCUGCCAGUGUUCUGUGCAGAGAACUUCAGUGUGGUUCAGUCAUCUCUAUCCUAGGGGGAGCUUACUUUGGAGAAGGGAAAGGACAGAUCUGGACCGAAGAGUUUCAGUGCAAAGGAAGCGAGUCCCAUCUUUCACUCUGCCCACUCGCACCUCGCCAGGAUGGGACUUGUGAUCACAGCAGAGAAGUUGGCGUAAUCUGCUCAAGAUACACAGAAAUUCGCCUGGUUGAUGGCAAGUCCUCAUGUGAGGGAAGAGUGGAACUCAAGGUACUUGGAGUCUGGGGAUCCCUCUGCAGCUCUCACUGGAGCAUGGAAGAUGCCCAUGUAUUAUGCCAGCAGCUGAAAUGUGGAGUUGCCCUUUCUACCCCUGAAGGAGCACAUUUUGGGAGAGGAAAUGGCCUGGUCUGGAGGCACACGUUUCACUGCAAAGGGACUGAGGAGCACAUGGGAGACUGCCCUUUAACCGCUCUAGGUGCAUCACUGUGUUCUGAAAGCCAAGUAGCCUCUGUCAUCUGCUCAGGAAAUCAGUCCCAGAGAUUGUGGCCAUGCAAUGCAUCAUCUCCGGAGCCAACCGUCUCUUCCAUUCCACCAGAAAGUGCUGUUACCUGCUUAGAAAACAGUCAAGUGCGCUUGGUAAAUGGAAAUAGUCACUGUGCUGGGAGAGUAGAGAUCUACCAUGAGGGUUCCUGGGGCACCAUCUGUGAUGACAGCUGGGAUCUGGGUGAUGCUCACGUGGUGUGCAGACAGCUGGGCUGUGGUGUGGCCAUUAAUGCUACUGGUUCUGCACAUUUUGGAGAAGGAACAGGACCUAUCUGGCUUGAUGAGAUACAAUGCAAUGGAAAAGAAAAACAUAUAUGGCAGUGUCGUUCUCAUGGCUGGGGUCAGCAUAACUGCAGGCAUAAAGAAGAUGCAGGAGUUAUCUGCUCAGAGUAUAUGUCUCUGAGACUCACAGGGGAAGGCAGUCAGGGCACCUGUUCAGGACGUCUGGAAGUGUUUUACAAUGGUGUCUGGGGCAGCGUCGGCAGGAAUGACAUGUCCGAGACCACUAUGGGAGUUGUGUGCAAACACCUGGGCUGUGGAGAUAAUGGAACCAUGGAACCUGCAUCUUCAGAUAAAAUACCAUCCAGGCUCAUGUGGGUAGACAAGGUGCAGUGUCCAAUAGGACCUGACACACUGUGGCAGUGUACAUCCUCUCCUUGGAGGCAGAGAUUGGCCAGCCCAGCUGAAGAAACUUGGAUCACAUGUGACAACAAAAUAAGACUUAAGGAUCAGGGAAAACCUGCACAUUGUUCUGGACGCGUGGAGGUCUGGCACAGAGGCUCCUGGGGGACUGUGUGUGAUGACUCCUGGGACUUAAAUGACGCCCAAGUGGUGUGCCGCCAGCUCGGCUGUGGCGAGGCCGUGAAGGCGCUGAAAGAAGCAGCUUUCGGUCAGGGCACUGGACCUAUAUGGCUCAGCCAAGUGAAAUGCAGAGGAAAUGAAUCUUCCUUGUGGGACUGUCCUGCCAAACAAUGGGGGUACAGUGACUGUGGGCACAAGGAAGACGCUGCAGUGCAGUGCCUGCCAGGAACUUCAGAAUCAAUGCCAUCAGGGCACAAGUCUCUUGUUGUUUUGGUAAUCUUUGGAGUCAUUCUGUUGGCACUUCUCAUUGGUUUCCUCACCUGGAUUUUGAAAAAGCGACAGAUACAAAGGCUCACAGUUUUCUCAAGAGGGGAGCAUUUCGUCCACCACAUUCGAUAUGAAGAGAUGAAUUCGAGACAGAAGAUAGAUGAUCUGGAUCUGCAUGCUUCCUCUGAAAAGCAAGCCACUCUGAGCCACAGUGAUGAGAAUGGGACUUUAUAACCCAGUGAGCGUUUAAAAAUCUUGGUGAAGACUCACUGAGUGGAGCCAAAGUCCAUCCCUCCCACCGAUGUCUUCAAUAGCACUUGUACAGAGUCCUUUGUGCCCUGAUAUUCUGAAAACUGCUGGUGAACUUUUAAAAAUUAAACCUGUGAAUGUGACUUCUUAGUAGUAUAUGUGAAAAACUUUUAAGAAAAUUAAAUAAAAAUUAUUACUAAUUUGAGUUUGUAUUUUCUAUUCUUAAUUUUUAAAAUUUCUGAUUAUAUUUUAUGAAUCUUUUAAGUAAAAUUUGAUGUCUUUUAAUUUUAUAGCUUACUUGCAUAUACUAUAUGUUGUUUUCUUGUUUGCUUUAAAUAACAAACAUAUAUAUCUAUCAUACAAUACAUAAUAUUUUGAAAUUUGAAUACAUUGAAGAAUGGGUAAAUCAGUGUAAUUAACAAAAAUAAUUUAUCAUUUAUUAUGGUUUUUUGUGGUGCGAACACAAAACGACUUCUCUUAGCAAUUUUCAAGUAUAAAAUAGAUUAUUACUACCUUCAGUUUCUAUGUUGUACAAUAGAUCUCUUAAAAUUACUCCUCCUUAUAUGACUGAUAUUUUGUACAUCUGACAAACAUUUCCCUGAUAUCCCCUGUAGUCCCUAGUAACCACCAUUCUAGUCUAGUCUGUGAGCUUACCAGCUUUACAUUUCACAUGUGAGUGAGAUCAGGUCUUGUGUAUCUUUCUGUGUUGGGCUUAUUUCAUUUAACAUUGUCACAAGUGAUAAGGUCUCUUUUUUAAAGACAGAAGAACGGUGCACUUUCGACUUCACAUUAUAUUUAUUUUAUGAAAGCACUUUGAUUCUAUAUCAUAGCUACUGUGAAUAGUGCUGCAAUGAAUAUGUAUAUAAAUUUCUCCUUAGACACAUUGAUUUUAAUUUUAUUGAACAUUUACUCAGAAAUAACAUUGUGAUAUCAUAUGGUAAUUUUAUUUCUGGUUUUCUGAGGACUUUUCAUAAAUUAUUCCCCUAUGGAUGAAGUCUUUGAGAUUCUCAAGAAGUGUGUCCAAAGCUCACUCAGCGAAGAUGACAAUUUGUAACUUAUCAACUGGCAAUUUCUUACCUUUUGUGUGUCUGUAAUUUAGUAUUAUUUCUACCCUUUUUUUUUAAUCUCCAUGUAUUUUUUUUUUCGUUUCCUUUUCUUUAAAUAAAAAAAAUAAAAAAAUAAAAAAAAUAAAUAAAACAAA